UGUAGCGGUGUGAUCGUCACUUAGCAUUCAUUUAUCCGGGUAUUCGUACAUUUAUGCAUGUUUCAUUCAUAGAUCAAACUGUUGAGGGUCCACAAACAGGCUGAAGACCUCGUCUGGAGGGAGACUGCAGUGAACCCAAGAUCUCUCAAAUAAGCGCAUCGACAUAACAAGAUUUAGAAAAGAAUGAGCACGGUGCUGUGAGAGCAGCUAGCGGAGGCUGGACUGGGUCCCCUAGGCCAGGCUUCCAAGUCAAGCUGCCGUUUGCGUGGGACCAGAAAACAGGCUAGUCCGCGCCCCAGGAUCCCUCCCUGAGGACAAACAGAAAGCCGAGUCCUCGCUUCUCCCUCUUGUCUUUCGGCGUUCGCGGGACCCGGAUGCUACACUAGGGGGCCUGACGACUCGCUAGGACCCGCGGGUGCAGCUGGCCCCUGCCAUUUCCGCUUCCUGCCGUGGGGCGGGGUUUCCGGUUGUCUGAGGCUAGGCUUGUCGGCUGUCAAAGGGGCGGUCCGGCCCGGAAGCGGCAGCAGCGGCGCGGAGACUGCGGGGCGGGCCAUGGCGGCGAACCUGAGCCGGAACGGGCCAGCGCUGCAGGAGGCCUACGUGCGGGUGGUCACCGAGAAGUCCCCGACCGACUGGGCUCUCUUUACCUAUGAAGGCAACAGCAACGACAUCCGUGUGGCUGGCACAGGGGAGGGUGGCCUGGAGGAGAUGGUGGAGGAGCUCAACAGCGGGAAGGUGAUGUAUGCCUUCUGCAGAGUGAAGGACCCCAACUCCGGACUGCCCAAAUUUGUCCUCAUCAACUGGACAGGCGAGGGUGUGAACGAUGUGCGGAAGGGAGCCUGCGCCAGCCACGUCAGCACCAUGGCCAACUUCCUGAAGGGGGCCCACGUGACCAUCAACGCACGGGCCGAGGAGGAUGUGGAGCCUGAGUGCAUCAUGGAGAAGGUGGCCAAGGCUUCAGGUGCCAACUACAGCUUUCACAAGGAGAGUGGCCGCUUCCAGGAUGCGGGGCCCCAGGCCCCAGUGGGCUCUGUGUACCAGAAGACCAAUGCUGUGUCUGAGAUUAAAAGGGUUGGUAAAGACAGCUUCUGGGCCAAAGCAGAGAAGGAGGAGGAGAACCGUCGGCUGGAGGAAAAGCGGCGGGCUGAGGAGGCGCAGCGGCAGCUGGAGCAGGAGCGCCGGGAGCGUGAGCUGCGUGAGGCUGCGCGGCGGGAGCAGCGCUAUCAGGAGCAGCGUUAUCAGGAGCAGCGUGGCGAGGCCAGCCCCCAGAGCAGGACGUGGGAGGAGCAGCAGCAAGAAGUGGUUUCAAGGAACCGAGAUGAGCAGGGGUCAACAUGUGCUUCCCUCCAGGAGUCUGCCAUGCACCCGAGGGAGAUUUUCAAGCAGAAGGAGAGGGCCAUGUCCACCACCUCCGUCUCCAGUCCUCAGCCGGGCAAGCUGAGGAGCCCCUUCCUACAGAAGCAGCUCACCCAACCAGAGACCCACUUUGGCAGAGAGCCAGCUGCCACUGUCUCAAGGCCUAGGACAGAUCUUCCUGGUGAGGAGCCGGCGCCCAGGACUCCUCCAUGUCUGCUGCAGGCAGAAGAGGAGGCUGUGUAUGAGGGACCCCCGGAGCAGGAGGCCUUCUACGAGGAGCCCCCACUGGUGCAGCAGCAAGGUGCCGGCUCUGAGCACGCUGACCACCACAUUCAGGGCCAGGGGCUCAGUGGGCAAGGGCUCUGUGCCCGUGCCCUGUACGACUACCAGGCAGCCGACGACACAGAGAUCUCCUUUGACCCCGAGAACCUCAUCACAGGCAUCGAGGUGAUCGACGAAGGCUGGUGGCGUGGCUAUGGGCCGGAUGGCCAUUUUGGCAUGUUCCCUGCCAACUACGUGGAGCUCAUUGAGUGAGGCUGAGGGCACAUCUUGCCCUUCCCUGCUCAGACAUGACUUUCUUCUUGCUGGAAGAGGAGGCCUGGGAGUUGAACAUUCGGCACUCUUCCAGGAAUGGGACCCCCAGUGAGGAUGAGGCCUUAGGGCUCCCUCUGACUUGGCAGACUCAGCCUGUCACCCCAAAUGCAGCAAUGGCCUGGUGAUUCCCAAACAUCCUUCCUGCAUCCCCCUGACCCUCCCACACAGCUUGGCUCUUGCCCUUGACAGGAUACUGAGCCAAGCCCUGCCUGUGGCCAAGCCCUGAGUGGCCACUGCCAAGCUGUGGGGAAGGGUCCUGAGCAGGGGCAUCUGGGAGGCUCCGGCUGCCUUCUGCAUUUAUUUGCCUUUUUUCUUUUUCUCUUGCUUCUAAGGGGUGGUGGCCACCACUGUUUAGAAUGACCCUUGGGAACAGUGAACGUAGAGAAUUGUUUUUAGCGGAUUUUGUGACCAAAGUCAGAGUGGAUCAUGGUGGUUUGGCAGCAGGGAAGUUGUCUUGUCGGAGCCUGCUCUGUGCUCCCCACUCCAUUUCUCUGUCCCUCUGCCUGGGCUAUGGGAAGUGGGGAUGCGGAUGGUCAAGCUUCCACCCUGGGUAUUCGAAAACAGCAGACACAACAUGUUCCUCCACACGGCUCACUCAAUGCCUGCCGGCCCCAGUGUGUGCCUCAACUGAUUCUGACUUCAGGAAACUUAACACAGAGUGGCCUUGGCCUGUUGUCUUCCCCUAUUUUCUGUCCCAGCUCAUCCAUGUCCCUGAAGAACAAAUAUGCUUUUGGACCACGAA